UGGGUCAUCGUGUUGAAUGGGGAUUAUCAGUGUCAUCGCUCCCUGACCUGCUUUUCGGUCAACGGGCUUCACACACCAUGGACCUAUCACUGGGUAACCUGUCAGGAAAAGUAGCAUUAAUUACAGGCGCUAGCUCUGGCAUUGGUGCUGCAACUGCAGUUCUUUUCUCCAAACUUGGCGCCAAGGUUGCCCUGACAGGAAGGAAAGAGGAAAAUCUCCAGCAGGUUGGCGCCGAGUGUGAGAAGACCACAUCCCAAAAGCCGUUCCUUGUCACAGGGGACUUGGUGAAAGAAGCUGAUGUGAAAAAUGUCCUCGAUGCAACAGUCAAACACUUUGGUAGACUGAAUAUUCUGGUGAACUGUGCAGGUAUUAUAGAGCUUGGCAGCAUAGAGAACUCGUCCCUUGAACAGUAUGACAGAGUCAUGAAUGCCAAUGUCAGGUCGGUCUUCCACCUGACGAUGUUGGCAGUGCCAUACCUUACUGAAACCAAGGGCAACAUUGUCAACGUCUCCAGCGUCAACGGCAUGAGAUCAUUUCCAGGUGUGUUGGCCUACAACAUGUCGAAGAGUGCCAUUGACCAGUUCACCAGAUGUGUGGCGUUAGAGCUGGCACCAAAACAAGUUCGUGUGAACAGUGUGAACCCUGGAGUAAUCCUCACCAAUCUACAGAAGCGUGGAGGUCUGGAUGAGGCGAAAUAUACACAGUUCCUUGAAAGGUCAAAGGAAACCCAUGCACUGGGACGCCCGGGAAAUCCAGAUGAGGUUGCCAAAACCAUUGCCUUUGUUGCUUCCGAUGAUGCCUCUUUCAUGACAGGGGCACAGGUGCCCUGUGAUGGCGGGAGGCAUGCAAUGUGCCCAAGAUAAACCUACUGAAGUUGUACUGUGAUGUUUUAUGUUCAGUGGAAAAAUGCUUUUAACUUUAUCUUUAAUCAUACCACAUGAUUCUACAUGUGGUAAUUAAUCCUGCAAUGUAGUUCAUGAGGCAUUAUCUUCUGACUGAAUGGCAUACAUGUAUAUACAAGUAUACUGUGUCUGAGUGGGGUAUCCAUGUUAAGCUGCAGCAUUAAUAUUGUAUCUCAGAAGGUUUGCACUAUCAAACUGACACAAGUCUGGACUGAUACAAGGAACUUCACAUCACAUUGUUAUGUAAGUGCAGUAAUCUUGAACAUAUUGUUAAAGCCUGUUUCACCUCACCUCCUCUACAAGUCAACCUUUAUUUUGUGAAAUGAUUAUAUAUUUAUUUUUUAAACAUACCAUAUGUUUCUACAUGUGGUAAUUUAUCCUGCAAUGUAAUUCAUGACACAUGACUGUGUGACUGUAGCAUGGCUGGGGAUCAUCUGAAUGUUUAAGAAGGAAGGAAGACUGUAUUUUCUACCACUUGUCAUGAUAGAAUAAAAAGAUAAUCUGAUUAGUUGGAGCUUCAUUGUUGCAGUAUGUUAUACAGAGAAAUAUUCAUUUGUGAUUACCGGUAUGCUUCACAAUGCUUCCGAAGUAUUUCUGAUUUAAAUAUGCAAUAAACUGUCUUUGGAAA